AUGGGGUGGAGUCAGUCAAUGGAUGAUAUCCUUCUAUAUGGUGACGAGAUAUCCUUCUAUAUAGUGACGAGUGACAAUCAUGUCGAGAUAACCUUAACGGCUAUUGUUAAUUUCUCAAUCGAAAACCAAAUUGUGAAGAUGAAGCUUCCAUGUGAAUUGGUGGAAGAGAUACUCUACCGUGUUCCUCCUCUAUCUCUUCUCCGAUGCAAAACCGUUUGCAAACAGUGGAACACACUUUUAAACCACUUGUCUCUCGUCCGUCCUCAACUCCUUAUAUGGACUGGUCCCAAGAUUUAUUCGGUAGGCGUCAGUCUCAAAGAUGAUCCAAAGAUAGACAUACGCGAGUUACCCGUAGAUAAUCCUUAUUUGAAGAAUAAUAACAAUCCUAUACCUUACAACUUCCUUCCUAGCGAUGGCUUAUUGUUUUGUGUCCCUCGUUGGGGGAAUAUCAAUAGAGUCGUUGUUUGGAACCCGUGGUUAAGACAGACUAGAUUGAUCGUGCCCCAAGAAAACUGUUUUACGUUUGGUGGUAUAGGGUAUGAUAGUGGUAGACCCGAAAAGGGUUACAAGGUCUUUGGAUAUCGUUUUCUUGAUCGAAAACUAAAUAACGGUAAAGUUCAAGUAUACCGAAGACUUGCCAUCUACAAGUUCGAAACCAAUGAGUGGAAGUAUAUUGAUUCAAUGAAUGAAGAUGAGAGCUCCCAAAUUGGCAUUGGAAUCUCGUUUGAUAAGAAUGUGUCUUUGAAUGGAAAUUUGUAUUGGAUUGCUUAUAAUGUCAAGACUGGUGAGUAUCUCAUUCGAUGUUUUGAUUUUUCGAAGGAGACAAUUAAACUCUUCUGCGUUCUACCGUGGAAAGAUGAUUCUUCUGAUGUACCAAUCCUCUCAGCUUAUAGGAGAGAUCGGUUUUCAGUGUUGAAACAAUUCAAUGAAACAAACAAGAUCGAGAUAUGGGUAACAGAAAACAAGAUUAGUGGAGAUGGAGCUAAUGUGGUGUGGAUGAAGUUCAUGACAGUUUCAAUACCUUUUGAUAAGGAUUUUUGUCCAAGUUACUUUAUUGAUAAUAAUACAUACGGAAAGAGCCUCGUUAUGUGUUGUAAGGAUGAAGAUAAAAAUGCUUGCAUAUAUGUUGUGAAGGGCAAUGCGUCCACGAAGAUUCCAAUAGGUUUUGAUGUCUAUGAGGUUUGUCAACGUUUCCAUGUCCCCAGUUUGAUUCCAGUUCCUUGAUACACUUCAUUUAUAUGUUAUGUGAUAAAUGAUUUUCUUGUAAUAUGUUAGUUUUUAUGUGGAAUGGUCUAAUUUUUCUAGGGUUUGAUUCGGCUUUAAGAUUUAGUUUUAUUGGGAGCCUAUUUGAUAAAUUAAACGUUCAUGGUCAAAUAUGUGAUACAAAAUAGAUAGUUGGCAUUACAUAUAACUUUUAAAGACUUCGAGAUAUACUGCAUAACUUUAAUAUAUAUUCAAUUUUACUAUUCGACGUGGAGUAUUAACAUGAAGGGAAGGUAGUUAGUUUGGUUUUUAUAAAAAAAAAAGCCAAUCUUUGGCUCUUAAAAGUCAGAAGCAAAAUAAACAAGUAAAGGACAUUGAGACAGGCAGAGACGUGGG